UGAGAACCUUCCAUAAUGCUUGGGGAUCUAAAUAUAGACGUUCCAGUAUAACGUGGCUUGAAUUAUAAGUUGUAAAGCUGUUUUUAAAUGCUAGAUUUGAUAUAAAUAAAUCUUGUCUGGAAAACUGACUUUACAUUUUCAUGAAGUCCAGUUCAGAAUUUCUUUGGGAAAUAGCUCAUAAAUUUAACAUUAUAGGUUCUGUUCCAUAUGCAGCAGAUUUUGGAAGCAUGAGAGCACUAUUUAGAACUAGGUUUUUACAUGUGACCUCUCUGCUUUUGCCUACUCUCACAGUACUUCACCACCACAACCACUGAGACAAAGUAUGCCUUUAUUCUCUCUGAGACAGAAAUCUGAGAGAACAGGCCACAAACUGUACCAUGUUAUGGCUGGAGACAGAGAGAGGAAAAAAAAAAGCUUUCACAGCACUAGCUAAGAUGCCAGUACAUUUUUAUGACAGGAAAAGAGUGACCUUCAUUUUGGAGAAUGAAUUCUAAAUAUUUUAUGCAGAGGGAAGCACUUAAGAGUCCAACAUUCACUACCUUUUGUUACCUGGUUCUCCGCCGUGCAGAAAUAGCGACAGUUCUGACCGAGCGCCGUCAGGGUUUUCUAGGAGGACAGAGGUCGCAGUGACGUCAUGGCCUCAGCGGGCGUCCAGCUCCUGGCUUUCGCCCUGGCCUUAUCUGGGGUCUCUGGAGUCCUCGCGGCCACGCUGCUGCCCAACUGGAAGGUGAACGUGGAUGCGGGCUCCAACAUCAUCACGGCCAUCGAGCGGCUGGAAGGGCUGUGGAUGGACUGCGCGUGGUACAGCACCGGCAUGUUCAGCUGCACCCUGAAGUACUCCGUCCUGGCCCUCCCCAGCCACGAGCAGGCCGCGCGGGCCGCCAUGAUCCUGGCCUGCAUCCUCUCUGCGGUGGGGAUCUGCACUUCCACAGUGGGGAUGGAAUGCACUCGCUUAGGAGGGGACCCGGAAACCAAGAGGCAUGCCUGUUUUGCUGGAGGAGUUUGUUUCCUGUCUGCAGGGACCUCUGGUUUAAUACCGACUGUGUGGUACACAAAGGAGAUCAUAGCAAACUUUCUGGACUCGACGGUUCCACAAAGCAACAAACAUGAGCCUGGAGGAGCCGUCUACCUUGGAAUCAUUUCGGCCGUGCUGCUGGUGAUCUCCGGCAUGAUCUUCUGCACAUCCUGUCUAAAGAAGAAUUCGGGAGCUUUGCUCCACCCAUGCAAGCAGCCGCCCGUCCCCACCACACAGCCAGAGGACAGUUCGGCAUAUAGCCUGAAGGACUAUGUGUGAAAAACUGUGUGAUGCACAUGGAAUUUUAGGUGCCUGCUGUGACUUUUGUCUUUAUUUUAAAUACCAGAAUUGUGCUUAACUUUCUACAAAGAAUGUAAAAUACUUUUACAUUCUACAAUGUAACUUACUACAAAAAAUGUAAAAUACAAAGAAUGUAAAAAAAUUUAAAAAUGAUGUUUUUCAAAAUGCCAAACAUGUACAAUUAUAUCUGUUUUACAUUAUUUUUCCAUUAUUGUCAUGUUUUAUCUAAAGACUUAUAAAAGAAAGAGGUUCUGAUUGUAUUAAUAAGGCAAUUAUUUCAUGGCCUUUCCUUUUAAAGAUAAACUGUUGAUACAUCUUACUAACUGGUACUUAACUGGACUUCAUAAAAGAACUAAACUGCCUACUGUAAAAAGCACCUUGUCCUGGUGUUAAUUCAGGAUAUCACCUGCUUUUGCUGUCUCUGCCUGACAACCCCACAGUAAUUUACCUCUGUUUUCAGGUGCAUUGUAUGACUGCACCUGAAGCACAGAAGAUGUCCACUUGUUUCAGAGGUUGCCCAAACCCCACGUCCCCAUCCACUGUUGACCUCCCAGUAAAGGAGGACAUUUUUUACAUUUUAGGAAAUAUAAUCUCCAUACAGUAUGGCAUUCAAAGAUUAGGUGGAAAUAAAGGAAACUGGUAAAUGCUACCACAGCAAAGCAAAAUCAAAUUAAACCCAAACUGAAAUCUCUAGGACUUUUAAAGCAUUAUGUAUAAGCUAAGUGAAAACAAGAAGAGUCUGCUUUAAAGUGCUUACAAACUGCCCUCUUCUGGCUGCUAACAAGAGGACUCGCCAGGUUAGGUUCAUUUACCCAUAGCAUUUUUGAUUUACCACUAUCAUUUAAUAUCACACUGAUUAGUAUUUGAAUGCUAAAGAUUACUUUUAAGUUGUUUUUUCUUCUCAAGUUUGAUUCAUGUUAAAAAAUGUUUUUACAAAUGAGCUGCUUCAUAAUAUUAGUUAAUGGUUAUGAAAAUGUUUUAAAGAAUAAUGGAUGCUUUAAGUUAGAUUAUCUUAUAUGUAAUUCAGAUAUUUUAAGAAAGUAAAAACUGGAUUUCCCAAUGUGCAAAAAAACACUGCACAGAACUGUUUCUACUGAUUUAUUCAUUUUAGCUUAGUUAUUAUUCAUAAUAUAAUGGUAAAAGGGGAAAGGCUACUUCAUUAUGCAUUAAUAACUCAGAAAGUGGGAAGUUAUCUUUUAUGUGAAUAAAUAAUUGUGCAUAUGAAAUACAGACUAAAUAUAUUACACCUAUUUUAUUUGGUAGAUCAUUCUCUCCUGUAUCAUCAUCAAAGAGCUAAAAUAAAGAUAUGAUUUCACAAGGGAAUUAGGAAUGCAUUUAUGUAUAUAUUCCUUUUGAGUGGUCAAAAUAUCUUCUAAGCAAAUGUUAUCUAUAUUUUUAGCUAUAGGACUUGAGAAUAUACUAACUUUACAGAAUUUCGAGGAUUUUCAUCAUAGCAUAUAAUUUUGCAAAACUUGUUGCAUAUCUCUGUUUACCUCCAAUAAUAUUGUUCAUUUCAUUGUGCUUUAUACAUAAAAAGUAUCAUCUGCAAAAAAGCAA